AUGGAUUAUGCCAAGUCCCUGAGCCUGCGCCUGGCUGCCCCCGUCUCCAAAUGUGUCUCAGCAAGUGCCUCCAUGACCCAGCAGCUCCUGUCAAGCCCAGCCCCGCGGCCCCGACCCUUCCGUGUCUGCAACUGGGACCGGAGCCUGCGCAAGGGCAUCAUGGCACACAGCCUCACUGACCUGCUGCACCAGGCUCAGAGCGCCGUGCUUGCCCCGAGUCCUGUCUUGCUGGUGCUGGAUGAGGAUGGAACUGUGGUGGAGACAGAGGCUUUCUUCCGGACGCUGGAGGAGGGCACAGUGCUGAUGGCCCUGAGCAAGGGGCAGACCUGGACUGCCUCCAAGACGCCCGGCUACCAGCUGAGCCUGUCCCGCAAGCCCCCUCGGAGGAUUGAUGUUGCCUGCGUCACCUUUGACCUCUACAAGACCAACCCGCGGGACCUGGGCUGCCUCAACGUCAAAGCAACACUCUACGGCACCUACAGCAUGUCCUACGACCUGCGCUGCUAUGGAGCCAAGCGCCUGAUGAAGGAAGCCCUGCGCUGGACCCUCUUCACCAUGCAGGCCACCGGCCACGUCCUGCUCGGCACCUCCUGCUACAUGCAGCAGCUCCUGGAUGCCACGGAGGAGCCGAAGGAGGCCGAGAGCAGCCCAGCACUGCAGAGCCUCCUGCCCCGCAGCCUCCCGCCCUUGCCUCGCAGGAAGACGCUGCAGUGA